AUGAAUAUUUUAAAAUGGACAAAACGUUUCUCAAAUAGUUUUGCAGUAACAAAAAAAUAUAUUAAUUAUUCAACAAACGGCAAAAAAUAUGAAAUAUUCGAAAAUGAAAGAAGUUUAGAUAAAUUUCAUGAAUUAAGAUUAAAUAAAAUAAUAUACAAGAAGGAUUAUACAGAUUAUAUGAAGUUAUACAAGUUAUAUAAACCUAAUUACACUAAGUUAAUUAUAGAAAAAGAAAAUCUUAAAUUUUCAAUUUAUUGGAAUCUUAAUAAUAAAACAAUAUGUGCCAAUUCUGAUUUAUCUAAAAAAAAAAAAAAAUUUACGGAUAUGCUGCAUGUCUUAAAACAAGAAUUAAAUCAAUUAAAUUUUAAUUUUCAUAAAAAUAAAAAAAGUACUAAAAAGAUAAAUGAGAAAUACAAAUAUGAAAACAAUAAAAAUGAAAUGAUAAAAAUAAAAAAUGAAAAUAAUACAAAUAUAAUGAAGAGAGCAGAAGAGAGCCCAGGUAAUAUUAAAAUAGAUUGUGAGGAAAAAAAUCAAUAUCAUGUAGAUUUAAUUAAAAAUUUAAAAGAGAAAGAUUCUAUAGAUUAUAGCAUAAAGGAUAUAUAUAUCCCUGAUUCAAAUGGGCCAAAUAUUGAAAUAACAAGAAACAGUGCCUUAAAGAAAGAAAAAGAGAAGAAUAAAAAAAAAAUAAACUAUGUAAAAUUAUUAAAAGUAUGGGAAUCUUUUUUAUUUUAUAAGGAAAAAUAUAAUCUUAAAGAAGAAAAAGUACAUUUUGAAAUUUUAAAAAACUUUUUUUUAAAAGCAAAUUUAUUUGAAAAAAAUAAGAAAAAAGAUUUUCAAUUUUUUGAAAAUAUUUUGAAUUCUUUGCUUUUGAAACCAGGAAUAUUUAUAAAUGUUUUAAAUUUGUUGUAUUCUUUUUUUUUUGAUUCAGUGAGUAUUCAUCAAAAUUCAAAAAAAAUUAAGAAAAUUAAUACUUUCAGUAGUAUAAAUAACCAUAUAAAAGAUUGUAAUAGAAAUUGCAGUAAUUUAACUAGUGGAAAUGUUAUUAUUAAAAAAAACAAUGAUAGUAUAAAUUUAAAUUUAUCCAGGGAUAGUUAUAAGAAAUGUGAGGAAGAAAAUGAAAAAUAUAUUAAUGAAGAUAAAAUAAGUAAUAAAUUAAUUUUAAAUAAUGAAAUUAGAUAUGAAGAUAGAUAUAAAAUUAAUUCAUCAGAUUUAAUUUGUCUUAAAAUUAGGAGAUACAUAUUAAGUUAUUUAUUCAAUACGUAUUAUGAAAGAUACAUAGGAUUAAAAAGCUUGCAUAAAACUUUUGAUUUUCAUAAUUCCUAUAAUUUAAAAUUUUGUUUAAAAGAAAAUAAUUUGUAUAAAUUUAUUGUAUUAGAUGAAAUCGAUUUUGAAAAAAAUAAUAUCAUGUUAAUAAGAUAUAAUAAAGAAAAAGUUUUUUUAUUAGGAGUUGUUAAAAAAAUUCAUAAAAUUAAAGAUUUAUGUAUACUUUAUUUGGAUUUAAAAAAAUAUAAUUGCUAUAAAAAUGAAAAUAACAAUAUAAGAUUGUACGAAGAAAUGGAUAUAUGUGAAGAAUAUUUUGAAUCCUAUUUAAAUAUUAAAAAUAAGGGUAAUAAAUCAGAUAUUAAUAUAUCUGUUAAUGGAAAUGAAUCUACUUUAAAGAAAGCUAUUCAUGAGGCAAAUGAAAGUAAUAUUUAUGAAGCUGUUACUUUAUCUGUUCAACUAAACACUAUUUAUAAUAGAAUAAAACAUUCUAUGCUAAAUAUUUUUGAAAAACAGGAAUUUUUAAAUAAAGAAAUUAUUCAUAUGUUGUUAAAUGAAAAUGACAAUUUUAAUAAACAAGAAUUGAAAUUAAAUAGUUUAAAUAAAAUUUUAAAUAAUUCAGUAAAUUACAGUUAUUUAAUUGAAGAAUCCAUAAAUAAUUAUUUGUUAAAUAAUAAAAAGGAGACGGAUUAUUUUAAUAUAUUAGAUAAAGAUCUGAUUAAAAAAGAUAAAAUAAUAAACAAGCUAUACAAGAAUUUAAAAAAUAAUAUAGACGAAUUUACUAAAAUGUGCCAUAUUUAUAAAAAAUUUGAUAUUUAUCAAAAAUACGUUUUGCUUGACAUUUUAAUUAAUGAAAAAAAAAAACCUAUACACUUAGUACAUGGUGCACCCGGAAGUGGCAAAAGUGAUAUGAUUUCUUUUAUGAUAUAUUUUUUAGUAUUAGAAAAAAAAAAUAAUAUAUUUGUUGGAACCAGCAAACACAUAUCAGUGCAUAAUAUUCGAAGUAGGUUACUUAAUUUGAAUCUAUGCUUGAAUAAAGAUAAUAUUAAUAAAAAACCUUAUCAAAAGUCUGAUAUAUAUAUUGAUACAGUUUAUCAAGCAUUUAAAAUUAAAGAAAAAAAAAUAAAACAUUUGAUUAUUGAUGAAGCUUCCAGCUUAUCUGAAUACAACAGUUUAAUAUGUUUGAAUUUAAAUUGUGAAUUUAUAUAUGCUUUUGGAGAUGAUAAACAAUUAACUUUUCAUAGCUUAAUUAAUGAAAAAAAAAGAUUAGAAAUAAAUUAUCUAAGUAUUUUUGAAAAGUUAAAAAGAUAUAAUAAUAUAAAAUGCCAUUAUCUUUUGAUACAAUACAGAUUAAUUUUUCCUAUGUUUUUAUUUACGUCUUUUUAUUUCUAUAAUAGACAAUUAAUACCAUCUAAAAGUAUUCUUAAUAAUUUUUUUAAACCUAACAUUAAUAAAUCAAAUUUUUUCCAUUUAUUAUCAAAUCAAUGUUCAUUUAAUAUAAAAAAUAAAUUUUUUGAAAAUAUACGCAUUCCAAUUUUAUUUAUUGAUACAUAUCAUGAAGCAUUAAAUAAAAAGAUUUUUGAAGAAAAAGUAAAUUAUUCUUAUAUAAAUCAUUUCGAAGCAGAAGUUAUUUUAAAAUUAAUAAAAAUUCUAAAGAUAUCCAAUCAAAAAAAUGUAUCUAUUUUAACACCUUAUACUAGUCAAAAAGUAUACAUACAAAAUAUUUUAGAAAAUAAAUACUGCAAUGAUAACAUAUGCGAUAAUAAAAUAAAGCAGAGUGAAAAUAAUGAAGAACAUAUAAAUAAAAUGUAUCAACAAAUAUUUAGAAGCUCAUGUGAUAAAUCUCAAAUUGACAAAGUUUUUUCUGUUGAUAGAGAAGAUAAAUUUCUGUCUCAUGAUAAUAUAUAUAAUAAUAAUUUAAAUUUUUUAAGAAAAAAUAAUCAAAAAAUUCCAGGAAAUCUUGUAGAUUAUUCAUUUCGAAGUAAAAAUGCCAAAUUAAAUUAUGAUAUAUAUGAUAAAAAUGAAUCUACAUCUAAUAAAACUUUCAAUUUUUAUUUCUUAAAUGGCAAAAUAAAAAAUGAAAAGUAUUUGAAUGAUUCUGAAAGAAAAGAUGACUUAAAUUAUAAAAAAUAUUUAACCAAUUCCGAGAAUAUAUGUAUUUUUAAUAGUUUCAAUAAUACAAAUAGGUUAAAUGGCUUGUUUAAUACAAAAAAUAUGAAUUCAACCUUUUAUAAUCCAAACAACUCAAAAGAAAAUUGUGAUUUUAUAUAUAAAAAUGUUCAUACAAUUGAUAGUUAUCAAGGUUGUGAAAAUGAUCUAAUUAUUAUAAGUACAGUUAGAUCAAACGACAAAAAAAUAUUAGGUUUCUUAAAUGAUGAAAAAAGAAUGAAUGUUUUAUUAACUAGAAUGAAAAAAGGAGUUAUUAUUAUUGGUAAUUCAAAUACUUUAAAAAAUAAUUUUUAUUGGAAAGAAUUUAUAUAUUUUCUUGAUUUUUUUAAUUCAAGAAAAUCGAUAUUUACCCUCCCUCUCUUAAACAUUUUUAAAUGA